GCGCCGGGCGCUGGGGGCGGGCGGCCUGCCUGCCUGCCUUCCCUCCCUCCCUCCUUCCCUCCCUCCCCCCCCGGGGCGGAGCCCGGCGCCAGCGGCGGGGGCGCGGAAAUCGAGGCCGGGGCUCCGCCGCGGCCUUCGCUGGUGCGGCGGGAGGAGGAGGAGGAGGCCCCGCGCCGCCCCCGCCGCCGCCUUUUGUCUGCGCGGGGCCGGGCGGACGCGGCGGGGCCGUGAGAAUGGAAGUGACUGAAGGCCCUAUGAGAAAAAGGGAAAGCUAAGGAUGCUGGAGCAGAACAAUGGAUUUCUCUUUCUCUUUCAUGCAAGGGAUCAUGGGAAACACAAUUCAGCAACCACCUCAACUCAUUGACUCCGCCAACAUCCGCCAAGAGGAGGCCUUUGAUGGCAGCAGUGACAUUGCUGAGGAUGGGGGCCGGACGCCGUACGAGCCGGCGCUGCAGCAAAGCUUCCAGUACCCCACGGCGGAGGAGCUGCCCCCCAUCACCAACGGGUACCCCCCGGCCAUCGGCAUGUACGAACCCCAGGCCAAAUACCAGGCGUACGCUCAGUAUCCCAACGGCUCGGCCAACGGCUUUGGGUCGGUCAGGACCUUCAGUCCCCCGGAGUAUUACCAAAUGGAGAACUCUAACGCGAGGCCGCACGAAGUUCUGGAGAAACCCUCCCCUCCCCAGCCGCCACCUCCGCCCCCCGCCUCGGCUCCGCAAGUGGGGAUUCCAAAGAAGACUGGCUCACCAGAGAUCAAACUCAAAAUAACCAAAACUAUCCAGAACGGCAGGGAAUUGUUUGAGUCCUCCCUGUGCGGGGACCUGUUGAAUGAAGUCCAGGCCAGGGAGUACGCUAAGGCGAAGCACGAGGGGAGGAAGGAGAAAAGGAAAAAAAGUAGCAAGCACGACUCUUCCCGCUCGGAAGAGCGCAAGUCGCACAAAAUUCCAAAAUUAGAACCAGAGGAGCAAAAUAGACCAAACGAGAGGCUUAGCACACUCUCAGAGAGACCAAGAGAAGAAGCCGUGCUGGAGGAAGCCCCGGUCCAGCAGCUCUUGCCGUCCCUUCCCACACAAGCCCCCCAUGACGUCAAGUUCCAGGUUGGCGAUCUGGUUUGGUCCAAGGUGGGGACCUACCCGUGGUGGCCUUGCAUGGUGUCAUGUGAUCCCCAGCUUGACGUGCAUACCAAAAUAAAUACAAGAGGUGCCCGGGAAUACCACGUCCAGUUCUUCAGCAACCAGCCAGAGCGGGCCUGGGUGCACGAGAAGCGCGUCCGGGAGUACCAGGGGCACAAACAGUACGAGCAGUUACUGGCAGAGGCUGCCAAGCAAGCCAGCAACCACUCCGAGAAGCAGAAGAUCCGCAAGCCCAGGCCGCAGAGGGAGCGAGCUCAGUGGGACAUUGGCAUUGCCCACGCUGAGAAGGCACUGAAGAUGACCCGGGAGGAGAGGAUAGAACAGUACACCUUCAUUUACAUAGACCAAGAGCCAGAGGAGGCUUUGGCCAAGGCCAAAAAGACUGCUGCCCCCAAAGCGGAGGCCAAGAAGAACCGGCGGCCGAAGCCCACGCUGAGCACGCAGCCGGAACACGCCAGCACAGGGGCAGGAUCGUCCCCUUCCAACGCUGAGGCACGGAGGCAGGGCCAGAGGAGGCAGUCCAGCGUGGAGGAGGAGGAGGCACCUCCCGUGAAAAUCGCGUGGAAGACAGCUGCCGCUAGGAAAUCCCUGCCAGCGUCAAUAACCAUGCACAACCUGGAUCUGCAGAAAUGUAACAUGUCUCCGGUUGUUAAAAUUGAACAGGUUUUUGCCCUUCAGAAUGCUGCUGGGGAUGGAAAACUCAUCGAUCAGUUUGUUUAUUCCACCAAGGGAGUUGGUAACAAAACAGAAAUAAGCGUCAAAGGACAAGAGAAACUCAAUUCUUCAUCAGCUCAGAGAAGUGAAAAAGCAGCAGUGCAAAAUGCAUCCUCUCCUGAGACAACUUCUGGGUCAGCAGGUUCUGUAGAAAAGAAGCAACAGAGAAGAUCGAUUCGAACCCGCUCAGAGUCUGAGAAAUCCACCGAAGUUGUGCCAAAGAAGAAGAUCAAAAAGGAGCAGGUUGAAACGGUCCCACUGGCAGCAGUGAAGACGGGAUUGCAGAAAGGUGCCAGCGAGAUUUCGGACUCCUGUAAGCCCUUAAAGAAGAGAAGUCGUGCGUCCACAGACAUGGAACUGACCAGCUCUGCCUACAGGGACACGUCUGACUCCGAUUCCAGGGGACUCAAUGAUUUACAGGGCAGUUUUGGGAAGCGCUCGGACAGCCCGUCAGCCGCUGCCGACGCCGACGCCUCGGAUGUGCAGUCAGUGGACUCCAGCUUAUCCAGGAGAGGAACUGGGACAAGUAAAAAAGACACUGUUUGUCAGAUCUGCGAGAGCUACGGCGAGUCGCUGCUGGCCUGCGAGGGCGAGUGCUGCAGCGUGUUCCACCUGGAGUGCCUCGGCCUGAAGGCUGUGCCCGAGGAGAAGUUCAUCUGCGCCGAGUGUAAGAACGGAGAACACACGUGCUUUUCCUGCAAGCUGCCUGGCAAGGAUGUGAAGCGCUGCUCCGUCAGCACCUGCGGGAAGUUCUACCACGAGUCCUGUGUCCGCAAGUUUGCCACGGCCCUGUUUGAGUCCCGGGGGUUCCGGUGCCCGCAGCACUGCUGCACUGCCUGCUCCAUGGACAAGGACAUGCACAAAGCCAGCAAAGGUCGCAUGGCGAGGUGUUUGCGGUGCCCCGUGGCCUAUCACUCGGGAGACGGCUGCAUCGCCGCCGGCAGCCUCUUUGUGUCAUCCCACAUCCUCAUCUGUAGUAACCAUUCCAAAAGGACUCACUCCUCAUCAGCUGUAAAUGUAGGCUUUUGUUUCGUUUGUGCAAGAGGGCUGGUAGUGCAGGACCAUUCAGACCCCCUGUUCAGUUCCUAUGCCUAUAAGUCCCACUACCUACUGAAUGAGUCAAAUCGUGCUGAGUUGAUGAAAUUACCUAUGAUUCCUCCUCCUUCGUCAGCUUCCAAAAAGAAAUGUGAGAAAGGUGGCAAACUGUUGUGCUGUGAGUCCUGCCCAGCUUCCUUCCACCCCGAGUGUCUCAGCAUAGAAAUGCCUGAGGGAUGCUGGAAUUGCAAUGACUGUAAAGCUGGGAAGAAGCUGCGGUACAAGCAGAUCGUUUGGGUCAAGCUUGGGAAUUACAGGUGGUGGCCAGCAGAGAUCUGCAAUCCCAGGUCUGUGCCUCUCAACAUACAGGGCCUCAAACAUGAUAUCGGGGACUUCCCAGUAUUUUUCUUUGGUUCACAUGACUACUAUUGGGUACACCAGGGCAGAGUUUUCCCUUAUGUUGAAGGAGAUAAAAGCUUUGCUGAGGGGCAAACUAGUAUUAACAAGACCUUCAAGAAAGCACUUGAAGAAGCAGCAAAGCGCUUCCAGGAGCUGAAAGCACAAAGAGAAAGCAAAGAGGCUUUGGAAAUUGAAAGGAAUUCAAGGAAACCUCCACCCUAUAAACACAUUAAAUCCAACAAGGUGAUAGGGAAGGUUCAGAUCCAGGUGGCCGACCUGUCGGAGAUCCCCCGGUGUAACUGCAAGCCCUCGGACGAGAACCCGUGCGGGCUGGAGUCGGAGUGCCUGAACAGGAUGCUGCAGUACGAGUGCCACCCGCAGGUGUGCCCGGCGGGGGAGCGCUGCCAGAACCAGUGCUUCACCAAGAGGCUCUACCCCGACGCCGAGAUCAUCAAAACCGAGCGCCGCGGCUGGGGCCUCAGGACCAAAAGGAGCAUUAAAAAGGGUGAGUUUGUGAAUGAGUAUGUUGGGGAGCUCAUUGACGAGGAGGAGUGCCGGCUGCGCAUCAAACGUGCCCACGAGAACAGCGUCACCAAUUUUUAUAUGUUAACUGUGACCAAGGACCGAAUAAUAGAUGCUGGCCCAAAGGGGAACUACUCCCGUUUUAUGAACCAUAGUUGUAACCCAAACUGUGAAACACAGAAGUGGACAGUGAAUGGUGACAUUAGAGUUGGACUGUUUGCUCUUUGUGACAUUCCUGCAGGAAUGGAGUUAACAUUCAAUUACAACCUGGAUUGCCUGGGCAAUGGCAGGACCGAGUGUCACUGCGGAGCAGAGAACUGCAGCGGCUUCCUGGGAGUGCGUCCCAAGACAGCGUUUGCAACAGCAAAUGAAGAGAAGGUGAAGAACGCAAAGUUAAAGCAGAAGAAGCGGAAAAUAAAAACGGAACAGAAGCAGAUGCAUGAAGACAACUGUUUCCAAUGUGGAGAUGGGGGAGAGCUGGUCAUGUGUGAUAAGAAGGACUGUCCCAAAGCGUACCACCUCCUAUGCCUUAACCUGACUCAACCACCUUUUGGAAAGUGGGAAUGUCCGUGGCAUCAGUGCGACGUGUGUAGCAAUCCUGCUGUUUCCUUCUGUGAGUUCUGCCCCCAUUCCUUCUGUAAGGAUCACGAGAAGGGAGCCCUGGUGCCGUCGGCGCUGGACGGCCGCCUCUGCUGCUCCGCACACGACCCCAAAUCUCCCGUGGCACCCGAGUACUGGAGCAAGAUCAAGUGCAAAUUGGAAGCACAGAAUGCUGUGGAAGAGGCGAAGGAGUGAUUUUGGUUAAAGACAAGCGCAGGAGGGGAGAAGAGGGGCAACAGGCGACGAACUCGGGGAGACUGCGAUGCCACGCUCAGUCUGUCCUUGGAGCCGUCGCGUGUGGGCUGGAACGGGACCAUUGACCUGAGCGAGCAGAACCAGGCAGUGGUGUUUGGUUUUUAUUGUUUGGUCUUUCUUUUACCCUUGAAUGUGCUACAGCAGCUCUUACUGUUGGAAACCAGGAACGUCUUGGCCUUCGAAGAAAACCGUAGACCUUUAGACAGUGAAAAGAAUAUUCUGUUUAAAAUAAUGUUCCUUGAGUGUAGAAAGCAAAGCAUAGCAACAUAUUUAUUUAUUUAAUUUUGAAAGGGUGUUGAAGAUCUGGCUUUGAUCAGUCAACGUGUCUUUGAAAACAAAACAGCGAAGCCAAUGUAACUUUUGUGUCUAGUUAAUGGAAAGAGCAAAGCCUCCCCCCUCUGUAACGCUGAGAUGCCAAACAGACAGGUGUGGGUGUCAGACCAGGUGACUCUGAAAUGCCUCUGUUCCAGUACUUAUUGUUAAAGGCAUUGGAGAAGGUAGGUUGUCUCUCGUGUUAACUUAUGAAUAUUAUUGUGAAACUUUUCCUGUGAGAAAUCAGGUGUUUGACUUCUUGGAAGUGCUCGUAACAUGAGUUCUGGCAGUGUUUAGGCAGGGAAGAAGUGGUGGUUCCUUGCUCCAGAGCUGUAAAGGGUGUUUGCAAAUAGGUGAAAAUUCAAAGUUCAGUUGCACAGUGGUCAUUUCUUUAUCCUGCCAGUUUGGGAUCCUUUCCCAGGCAGGAGAGGCUCCCAGUCUCAGAGCUGAAGUCAGUCCUGCUGGUGCGUUUGUCAUCUGCCGCAUCUGCACUGGUUUGGUGGCAGGUACUGAGUGUGAUUCUUCAGUGCUGCCUUCUCAGGCUCCCCGUGGCUUCAGGGAACACUUGGGCACAUAAGGGACCCGACCCAUGUGUGUGUUGGUUUUGGUUGAACAGUUGGGUUUGGUUUUGUUUUUUUGCUGAGAGAGAUCUUCUAACUUUAAUCUUCGUCAUUAGUGGAGCUGAGGAACAUCUCAGCACUUCCUUGAUGAACAGGGUAUUUUGUGUCUGGGUAAUGGGCCGUAUCCCAGCAGCCAGCUGGAGCCUCAGGAGAUGGUUCUCUCUUGGAUUUCCACUGCUAAUCAGAGAGACAGACUCCUUCAGCGAGGCUUUGGAAGUGGCUUAGGUCGGCUUCUGCUCCAGAUUUUCUUUAGAAAACCUAUUUUCCUCCAUUUGUUUGUGCAAGGAGCCAUGGGGUACUGGUGUCCCCAGGCUAGAGUUGGUUUUGGUGACCCUCUUCCCCCAGCCCAUGAUCUCACCACGCACUGUGUGUCCCCCCCUGCCCCGGUACAGCGAGUACUUCUGACUUGUGUACUGAUAAUACCUGUUCCUGCCAGCCUUUGCUUGUGGGUAUUGAAAACAAUCAAGUGUUGCUGGCAUCUGGCUGAAUUCAGCCUUGGAAUUAAGAACCUUAUCUCUGGAAAACUGCUUACACAAACCUACGGGAACACUGAGAAUUCUCAGAUUCUCCGUGGAGGGAAUAGGCUGAAAAAGCCCAUGCGGGAUUUAGAACCUGUCUUGCCUCUGCCCAGUGUCCUUCUCAUCCUCAAAUUUAUGUACAGGGGGAAAGUUGUGUUUGGGUUCUUUUUUGUGUGUGUGUGUGUGUGCAGUUGUAGAAUGACAGGAUACACUACAGUCCCUGAGCAGCUGCUGUGCCGUGGACUCAGCUCUGAACACCUGCCCACACCCUCCCCUGGGUGUCUGGGACAGUCCUGGGACAGCGGCUCGUGGGACCCCUAAAGCACUUCAUGCUCUGGUGAGGGUCUGGCACUAACCCUGGAGAGCAGUGCUGGAUUUUGGUGUUUUUUACAAAAAAAGGAUUUUAUUUUUCUGAGCAUUUUGUGUGGGAAACGUCUCUUUUAAAGCUCCAUGCUGAGGAUGUUUAUAACCUUCUCAGAAAUUCCAAACACGGCUCUUGCUACAGUGUUUGUGGGGCCCGAGGGGUUCACUUUGUAUUAUUUAUUAGGCUUGAUAAAGUUCAGUGGUUUUCUCCUGGGAAGUCAGAGCAUUCUGAUGUUGCAGGUAUCAGCUGAUACAUUUUAUAUAUAUUAUAUCUAAAAUAUAUAUAAUAUAUAUGAUAUAU